AUGAGAUCAUCUCUCUCCACUCUGUGGUCAUUCACAACACCGGUGGGACUUCACCGCUAUCUUCACACAACAACGAUUGCGAGGCGAGUGGGGCGAGGGAGUUUCUUUGCACACUUAAAUUUACCGAAAUCGCCUGAAUUAGAUACAGCGGCGGUGCAGCGUGCGUAUCAUGAUCUCCAGCGCCGCGUUCAUCCCGAUCAAGCCAAUGUACAGGCCAAAGAAAACGAAGGAGAAGGAGAAGAAUCCAAACAGGGAAGAUCCACUUUUCCCUCUUCUUCUUCUUCUUCCUCUUCCUCUUCUUUUUCUUCUUCUACUCCAAUGACGAAUACAACGACGAUCGCUUCCAUGGAUAGAGUGGCGGAUGUGGAUGAGUCGAUGUAUGCGAAUGUCGCCUACGAGACGCUGCGGGAUCCCUUCCUGCGCUGUAAAUAUCUCGCCCGCUUGAGCCGCGCGGAGGAAGUGAAGGGCGGGCCGCUGAGCCCCGCAGAGGAGGAGGCCCUCAUGGCGGAGGAUGACCGCCGAACUGUGGAGGAGAAUAGAAAGAUUACAGGGGGAAAAGAGGAGAAUCUCACACUCUCGCAGGAGUUUCUGGUGGAGAUGAUGGCGGCUAAUGAAUCUAUCUUUACAGUAGACACCACAGAGGAAACGGGUAGGGAUACAUUGAAACUUCUAAUUGCACAUCUUGGGGAACGAUAUGAGGAGUAUUAUACUCAGGCAAGGGAAUAUUGGAAAACAGGAGAUUAUCAAAACUUUCGUCGAUGUGUGCUGGAGUGGACAUAUAUUCGCAAUGCACUUAUACAUGCAAAGAAUAGGCUUGACUAA